CACACUGUGACACCAAAGAGCUCGCGUCCGAGAGAUCUAUCAAAUCAAAGAGAAAAAAUAUGGACGAGCAAGAUAUCACAAUCGGCGAAAAUUUCCCUUUAUUUUCGCGCAAAAAACUAUCGCAUAAACCCACAACCACCAAUUCCGCCGCCGCCCCUCCCAGCACCGCCGCCGCCGAAAACCCUAAGAAGCUCGACAAGGAGAGCGACUCCAAUCCCACCGCCACCAACCACAUCUCCUUUUCCGACUUAGGCCUCUCGGAAUGGGCCCUCCAGACCUGCAAAGAGCUCGGCAUGAAGAAACCUACUCCCGUUCAACGCCACUGCAUUCCCAGAAUCCUCGCCGGCCAAGACGUCUUGGGCAUCGCCCAGACCGGUAGCGGCAAAACGGCGGCCUUCGCCCUUCCUCUCCUCAACCUCCUCGCCCAGGAUCCCUACGGAGUGUUCGCUCUCGUCGUCACCCCCACCCGGGAGCUCGCGUGCCAACUCGCCGAGCAGUUUCGCGCCCUGGGUUCCUGCUUGAACUUGCGGUGCGUAGAGGUGGUUGGAGGGAUGGAUUCCAUCAAUCAGGCCAAAACUCUUAUGCAAAGACCCCACGUUGUAAUAGCUACUCCCGGAAGAAUCAAAACUCUGCUCCAACAGAAUCCUGAUAUUCCUUCCGUUUUCUCCAAAACCAAGUUUCUAGUUCUAGAUGAAGCUGAUAGAGUUCUAGAUGUUGGUUUUGAAGAGGAACUGAAAGUAAUUUUCCAAUGUUUGCCAAAGAACCGCCAAACUCUGCUAUUUUCUGCAACAAUGACUAGUGAAUUGCAGACAUUGCUUGAGCUUUCUGUGAAUAAAGCGUAUUUCUAUGAGGCAUAUGAGGGGUUCAAGACUGUAGACUCUCUCAAACAGCAGUAUUUAUUAACUCCAUCAAACAUUAAGGAAGUUUCUCUUUUCUGUGUUUUGUCCAAAAUGGAAGAUAUGGGCAUUCGAUCUGCCAUCGUAUUUGUUUCCACAUGCAGGACUUGCCAUUUUUUAAGCUUGUUAUUGGAAGAACUUGAUCUGGAAGCUGCUGCAUUGCACUCGUUCAAGUCUCAGUCUUUGAGGCUCUCUGCACUUCAUAAAUUCAAAUCUGGGAAGGUCCCUAUCUUACUCGCAACUGAUGUUGCCAGCCGUGGUUUAGACAUUCCAACAGUUGAUCUAGUGAUAAAUUAUGAUCUCCCAAGGUAUCCACGCGAUUAUGUUCAUCGUGUUGGUAGAACUGCAAGAGCAGGUAGAGGAGGGCUUGCUGCUAGUAUAGUUACAGAGUAUGAUGUGGAACUACUUCAUGAAAUAGAAGCUGUCCUUGGCAAACAAUUGGAGGAGUUUGAAUGCAAGGACAAAGAUUCUAAUGAUAAUAUCACAAAGGUCUUCAAGGCUAGGCGUGUAGCAAUAAUGAAGAUGAUGGACGAUGGGUUUGAGGAGAAAGCAAAAUCCCGAAAAGCUCAGAAACUUAAGAUGCUAGAAGAGAAAGGUUUGUUAAAGAACAAAAAGCGAAAGAGAGAUAGAACUGGUAUGCACUAGAAGAAUGAAUGCUUAUAAAGGCAAGCAGAAUGGCAAUAUCUUUUUCCUUUUGAUUUUCUUUAUUAUAAUUUUUGUUGUAUUUUUGUUUCUUAGUCUACAUCAUAAUUUCAUUGUAGCUCAUAGAAUGACAUAGUGACAUACUGCAUCAAGAAAAUUCAUUUACAUUGUUAACUUGAGGAAGACACAUUAGCCCUAAUGAACACAUUAUGAACAUCAUAUGUUCCUUGGUUACCUUAAAAAAA